UAUAUUCCAGUGAUGCUGAGUUGGUGAUUGUGUCCACCAGGGAAGAUUUUUUUUUAAAGAUGAACAGUUGAAUCAUAACCAUUAGAAAAAAGCAAAUCACACGCGUUCCGCUCUACAUAUCAAACGCUGUCUUGCCAUUCUCUUCGACACAUUCACCGGAGCAUCAUAGCCUAUUCAACUGAAGCCAGCGUAGCUCAACCGUCAUCAUUGCGUUAUUUGCCAAGGAUACACGAGGAUACAGCAUAUAAUAAUGUGAACAGUCUUCUUCUUAUUUCUCAUGAAGUGAAACUAUGGCAUGGGAAUAAGCCUCCGGUAUGGUCACAUCACGAAAAGAUUGGUCUUGCAUUUUGGAUCCAAUGACUGAAUGAGCUUGGUUCAGUGUUGCCAGGCAUGGAGCAGAUGGAUUGUAAGCCUUACCAGUCGUUGUCCAAGGCCCGGAAUGAGAUGGAGCUCGCCUACACCAGCUCCUCAGACGAAAGCGAGGACGGCAGGAACCUUUGCAAAUCCUACACAUCCCGAGAGACCCUGCCCGACUACGGCCAGGAGAUGAGACUAAACUACAACAGCCACAGAGCCAAGCGGAAAACCGUGGAGGAACACACUGGAGACCUGGACCAGCUAGCACGGCCUAGUUACCAGGCGGAACUGCGCUCUGCCCCCCAGCACGGCUACCCGCUGGGCAUGGGCUCUGAUGUGGAAACAGAGACGGAGGGUGGGCCCUCGCCCGACCACGCCCUCAGACUGUGGAUGCAGGAGAUCAAAUCAGAGCACAGCUCCUGUCUGUCCAGCAGAGCCAACUCUGUCCUGUCGCUCACCGACACUGAGCAGGAGAGGAAGUCAGAUGGAGAGAACGAGCUCCCCAGCAGUCCACCAGCUCAGUUCACCUUCAGACCCCUCCCUCCACCUCCACCCCCUCCCCACGCGUGCACAUGUGCCCGCCCAGCCCCUCACGCUCACAUUUCUGAGGCACUGCAGAGGAACACCCUGCCGGCUCGGAGCCAGGCGAUGGACGGAGAUCCCACUCAGCCGGCCGACAGAGACAGAGGCCAGCUCCACAACAGCUGGGCCCUCAACAGCAACAUCCCCCUGGAGACCAGGCAUUUCCUGUUCAAACAUGGCUCAGGCUCCUCUGCCCUGUUCAGCGCUGCCAGUCAGAACUACCCUCUGACAUCUAACACAGUGUACUCCCCACCCCCACGGCCCCUACCCAGGAGCACCUUCUCCAGACCCAUGUUCACCUUCAACAAGCCCUACAAGUGCUGCAACUGGAAAUGCACUGCCUUAAGCGCCACCGCUAUCACCGUAACCCUCGCUCUUUUGCUCACAUACGUCAUUGCAGUGCACUUGUUUGGGCUGACCUGGCACCUGCAGCCAGCAGAUGGGCAGCUCUAUGAGAAUGGACUCAGCAAACUGGACAGAGACUCAGAGAGCAUAGACAUAACCUUCACACCCUUCGGUCUGCCCGGCCUCAACAACACCAACAAAGAUAAGGAGCUAUUCCACAGGGGGAAAGCGAUAGACCGAGGGGAGGUGGACAUUGGUACCCAGGUGAUGCAGGUCAUUCCCCCAGGUCUGUUCUGGCGUUUCCACAUCACCAUCCACCACCCAGAGUAUGUCAAGUUCAACGUCUCCCUGGCACGGGACGCCCUCUUGGGGAUCUAUGGGCGUAGGAACAUCCCCCCUACACACACACAGUUUGACUUUGUCAAGCUCCUGGACGGGAAGCAGCUGAUCAAACAGGAGGUUCAGAUGGUAGCGGAGGAUUCCAACGCGUCUCCCAGGAACCUGAUCCUCUCCUCCCUCCAGGAGACGGGCUUCAUAGAGUACAUGGACGCUGGAACCUGGUACCUGGCUUUCUACAACGACGGAAAGAAAAUGGAACAAGUUUUUGUUCUGAGCACUGCCAUCGAAACCAUGGACGGCUGCUCCACCAACUGUAAGGGGAACGGUGAAUGUGUAGCAGGCCACUGCCACUGCUUCACCGGCUUUCUGGGACCAGACUGCUCAAAAGACUCCUGUCCUGUCCUGUGCAGUGGGAAUGGAGAUUAUGAGAAAGGUUACUGCCAGUGUCACCCGGGCUGGAAGGGCCCAGAGUGUGACAUUCAGGAGGACCAGUGCAUCGAUCCCACCUGCUCCAACCAUGGCACCUGUGUCAACGGCAUCUGUAUGUGCAGCCCCGCCUACAAGGGCAACAACUGUGAACAAGUGGACUGCCUGGACCCUCAGUGUUCUGGCCAUGGUGUGUGUGUGAAGGGGGAGUGCUUGUGUUCAACGGGGUGGGGAGGCCCAGACUGCGAGAGCCCCCUGCCAGCAUGCCAGGAGCAGUGUUCAGGCCAUGGGAAAUACCUUCCAGACUCUGGCAGCUGUACCUGUGAUUCCAGCUGGACUGGCUCUGACUGCUCCACCGAGGUGUGUCCGGUGCCCUGCAGUGCCCACAGUGUGUGUGUGGGUGGGAAGUGCCAGUGUGAGGAGGGCUGGGACGGGCCAGGCUGUGACCUGCAGGACUGCCACCCCCGCUGCAAGGAGCACGGCCAGUGUAAGAACGGACAGUGUGAGUGCCACCCUGGCUGGGAGGGAGAACACUGCAGCAUCGCGCAUUACCUGGAUCUCGUUGUUAAAGACGGCUGUCCAGGCCUGUGCAAUGGCCACGGUCGAUGCACCCUGGAACAGAGCGGGUGGCACUGUGUGUGCCAGGCGAGCUGGAGCGGCAUGGGAUGCAAUGUCGUCAUGGAGACAGAGUGUGAUGACAACGCUGACAACGAUGGAGAUGGCCUGACGGACUGUGUGGACCCAGACUGCUGCCAGCAGCCUAGCUGUCACAGUGGGCCUCUGUGCCAGGGCUCCCCAGACCCCCUGGACCUGAUCCAGCAGAACCAGACCCCCUACGCCUCGCUCCUCUCACGCCUCUUCUAUGACCGCGUACGUUUCCUGGUUGGAAAGGACAGCACCCAUGUCUUCCCUGGAGACAUCCCAUUCGACAGCAGCCGAGCCUCAGUGAUCCGGGGGCAGGUGGUGGCACUAGACGGGACCCCACUGGUGGGAGUGAACAUCAGCUUCCAGCAGUACCCUGAAUUUGGCUUCUCUGUCAGUCGCCAGGAUGGCAGUUUUGACCUGGUGGCUGCAGGGGGCAUCUCAGUCUCCCUGAUUUUCCAGAGGGCUCCCUUCCUCAUGCAGAAACGCACCAUCUGGUUACCGUGGAACCAGUUUGUGGUUGUAGAGAAGGUCACCAUGGCGAGGGUUGAGUCUCGCCCCCCUGUGUGUAACCUGAAGAACCUGGUCAGUCCGUACCCCAUCGUCCUUCCCUCCCCUCUCAUCCGCUUUGCCAGAACCUGCGAGGAGCGAGGCCCAGCCAUCCCUGAGCUGCAGGCUGUCCAAGAGGAGAUCACCAUCCCUGGCAGUUUCUUAAAGCUCAGCUACCUGAGCACCCGCUCCCCUGGCUACAAGGCUCUGUUCCGCAUCAUCUUAACUCACUCCAUCAUCCCCACUGGCCUGGCUAAGGUGCAUGUGUCCACCGCCAUCGAGGGACGACUCUUUCAGAAGUGGUUCCCUGCCGCCCCAAACCUGGUCUACGUCCUGGCCUGGAACAAGACUGAUGUCUAUGGGCAGAAAGUGGUGGGCCUGGCCCAAGCUCUGGUCUCUGUAGGCUAUGAGUAUGAGUCAUGUGCUGACUACAUUGUGUGGGAGAGAAGGAUGGCUCAGCUGCAGGGCUUUGAGAUGAUUGCCUCCAACCUGGGGGGAUGGUCCCUGGACAAGCACCACAUCCUUAACCUACAAAGCGGUGUUCUACACAAAGGGAAUGGAGAGAACAUCUUCAUCUCCCAGCAACCGCCAGUCAUUUACACAGUGAUGGGGACGGGGUACUUGCGCACAAUCCCCUGCCCCAACUGUAACGGCCCUGCCCUGGGUAGAAAGCUCUACGCUCCUGUCGCUAUCACCUGUGGCUCUGACGGCAGCAUCUAUGUUGGCGACUUCAACUUCAUCAGAAGGAUUCUUCCCAAUGGAUUCGUCAUCAGCGUUUUAGAAUUGAGGAAUCGAGAUCUCAGGCACAGCUCCAGCCCAGCCCAUAAGUACUACUUGGCCAUGGACCCAGUAAGGGAGGCCCUCUACUUGUCUGACACCAGCAGCAGGAGGGUCUACAGACUCAGGACCCUCACAGAGCCCAAGGACCUGGCCAAAAACAUGGAGGUGGUGGCAGGGACGGGGGACCAGUGCACCCCCUUCGAUCAAGGCCACUGUGGAGACGGGGGCAAAGCCAUCGAUGCCUCCCUCAACAACCCCAGAGGGAUUGCAGUGGACAAGCAAGGAUUUGUCUACUUUGUUGAUGGAACCAUGAUUCGCAAGAUCAAUGGGAAAGGAAUGAUAUCAACUGUCAUUGGUUCCAACGGCUUGAUGUCCACUCAACCGUUAAGCUGUGACGCCCGCAUGGAUAUUUCACAGGUUCGUCUAGAAUGGCCCACCUACCUGGCUGUCAACCCCAUGGACAACUCCCUGUACAUCUUGGACAACAACAUAGUGAUCCAGGUGUCAGAGAGCAGCCAGGUGAGGAUCGUGGCGGGCCGGCCCAUCCACUGCCAGGUCCCUGGGAUCGACCACUACCUGGUCAGCAAGGCAGCCGUCCACUCCACCCUGGAGGCAGCCAAAGCCAUCGCAGUUUCCCACCAGGGCACUCUCUACAUCGCUGAGACGGACGAGAGGAAGAUCAACCGCAUCCAGCAGGUCACCACCAACGGGGAGAUCUCUGUGGUGGCCGGGGCGCCCACUGAGUGUGACUGCAAGAUCGACCCCAACUGUGACUGCUUCUCUGGCGAUGGUGGAUAUGCCCGUGAUGCCAAGCUAAAGGCUCCCUCUUCCCUGGCUGUUUCCCCUAACGGGACUCUGUACAUCUCAGACCUGGGGAACAUCCGUAUCAGGGCCCUGUCCCCCAACAGGCCCCAACUCAACCAGAACAGCAUGUAUGAGAUCACCUCUGUGGUGGACCAGGAGCUCUAUCUGUUCAGCGUGAACGGCACCCACCUCCACACCCGCAGCCUGGUCACCGGAGACUACGUCUAUAACUUUACCUACUCAGGAGAGGGCGACGUGAGCGCCGUGGUCUCCAGCGACGACACCGCGGUCCACGUGCGCCGUGAUGCCAAUGGCGUGCCCCUCUGGCUGCUGGUGCCCGGGGGUCAGGUCUAUUGGCUCACUAUCAGCAAUGGGGGCGUCCUCAAGAAGGUCUCCGCCCUGGCGCAUGACCUAGCGCAGAUCAGCUACCAUGGCAACUCAGGUCUCCUGGCAACCAUGAGCAAUGAGAUUGCCUGGACAACGGUCUAUCAGUAUAAUUCUGAUGGUCAUCUCAUCAAUGUCACCUUGCCAACGGGAGAGGUCAGCAGUUUCUACGGCAAUAUGGAGAAAUCAGUGCGGGUGGAAGCAGACACUUCAAAUCGGGAGAAAUUCAUCACAGCCACAAACUUCUCUGCUGCCAGCACUAUCUAUACAUUACGCCAAGGUAAGCAUGCUCAAAACACGUACCGUGUGAGUUCGGACGGCUCUCUGUGGGUGACGUUCGCCAGCGGCAUGGAGGUGACCCUGAACACAGAACCCCACAUCUCGGCGGGCGUGGUCAACCCCACGGUGGGCAAGUGUAACAUCACCCUUCCGGGCGAGAAUGCUCACAGUGUCAUCGAGUGGAGGCAGAGAAGAGACCAGGCGAAAGGGAACUACACAGCCUACGAACGCAGGCUCAGGGCUCACAACAGAAACGUGCUGUCCAUAGACUUUAACCAAGCCACACGAGUAGGCAAGAUCUAUGACGACCACCGCAAGUUCACCCUGCGGAUCCUCUAUGACCAGAUGGGGCGUCCCAUCGUCUGGUCUCCCAGCAGCAAGUACAAUGAGGUGAAUGUGACCUACUCUCCAGCGGGCCUGGUGACCAGCAUCCAGAGGGGCAACUGGUCAGAGAAACUGGAAUAUGAGAAUGGGAGGGUGGUCUCCAGGACAUGGACCAAUGGGAAGAUAUGGAGCUACACUUUUCUGGAGAAGUCGGUCAUGCUGCUGUUGCACAGCCAGCGGCGGUACACCUUUGAGUAUGACCACACGGACUACCUGAUGUCUGUGACCAUGCCCAGUAUGGUGCGUCACAGCCUGCAGUCUAUGCUGUCAGUGGGCUACUACAGGAACACCUACAGCCCACCAGACAGCAGCGGAGCCUCUGUGAUCCACGACUACAGCCAUGAUGGCCGUCUGCUCCAGACUCUGUACCUGGGCACUGGCCGCCGUAUCCUCUACCGCUACACCCGCCAGUCCCGCCUGGCAGAGAUCCUGUACGACACCACCCUGGUCACCUACACCUACGAGGAGACCUCCGGUGGGGUGAAGACCAUCCACCUCAUGAACCAGGGCUUCAUGUGCACCAUCCGCUACAGACAGACAGGUCCUCUGGUUGGGAGACAGAUCUACAGGUUUAGUGUGGAGGGCCUGGUGAAUGCCAGAUUUGACUACAGCUAUAAUAACUUCCGGGUCACCAGCAUGCAGGCCAUGAUUAAUGAAACCCCUCUUCCCAUUGACCUUUACCGUUAUGUUGAUGUGUCAGGAAGAAUUGAACAGUUUGGGAAAUUCAGUGUCAUAAACUAUGACCUCAAUCAAGUGAUCACUACACACAUCAUGAAGCACACUAAGAUAUUUAAUGCCAACGGACAAGUGAUCGAGGUCCAGUACGAGAUCCUGAAGUCUAUUGCAUACUGGAUGACAGUGCAGUAUGACAACAUGGGCCGCAUCACUAUCUGUGACAUCAGGAUUGGUGUGGAUAACAAUAUAACACGCUACUCAUACGAGUAUGAUGCUGAUAGUCAGCUCCAGGCUGUGUCGGUGAAUGAUAGGCCACAGUGGCGCUAUAGUUACGACCUCAACGGCAACAUUAAUUUACUGAGUCAUGGCAACAGUGCCAGACUAACGCCGCUGCGCUACGACUUACGAGACCGCAUAACACGGCUCGGAGAAAUUCAGUACAAAAUGGAUGAAGAUGGCUUUCUUCGCCUGCGGGGCAAUGUCAUGUUUGAUUACAACUCCAACGGGCUGCUUGCCAAAGCGUUUGACAAAGUGUCAGAGAGGAGUGUUCACUACCGCUACGACGGCCUGGGCAGGCGGGUGGCCAGCAGGACCAGUGACGGCCAGCAGCUGCAGUACUUCUAUGCCGACCUGACCAAACCCACCAGGGUGACCCACAUGUACAACCACUCCAGCUCUGAGAUCACCUCGCUCUAUUACGACCUGCAGGGACACCUCAUCGCCAUGGAGCUGAGCAGCGGGGAGGAGUACUACGUAGCCUGUGAUAACUCUGGCACGCCACUGGCCAUUUUCAGCAGCCAAGGACACAUAGUCAAGGAGAUGCUCUACACCCCUUACGGAGACAUCUACCAAGACUCAAACCCUUCCUUUCUGCUGAUCAUCGGGUUCCAGGGCGGUCUCUAUGAUGCACUGACCAAGCUGGUCCACCUGGGGAGGAGGGACUAUGAUGUGGUGGCUGGGAGGUGGACCACUCCCAACCAUAACCUGUGGACGGAGCUCAGUAUCAACCCCAAGCCUUUCAACCUCUACUCCUUCAAAAACAACUACCCUGUUGCAGAGUUACAGGAUGUCACCAAGUUCACUACAGACAUCAGCAGUUGGUUGCAACUGUUUGGGUUCCAGCUCCACAACGUUGUCCCUGGUUACCCCAAGCCGGAGGUGGAGAGCAUGGAGCAAACCUACGAAAUGAUGAAGACUCAAACCAAGACACAAGACUGGGACCCUAGCAAGGUUCUGUUGGGUAUCCAGUGCGAGCUGCAGAAACACCUAAAGAACUUCAUCUCUCUGGACCGACUGCCUAUGAGUAAGAUGACUGGUCAGCUGGGGGCAUGGCAUGGCCGGAGGCCCCGCUUCUCUGCCAUCUCCUCCAUCUUUGGAAAGGGUGUCAAGUUCGCCAUCAGAGAUAAUGUUGUCACCACCGAAAUCAUUGGGGUUGCAAGCGAGGACAGCCGGCGUGUGGCAGCAGUCCUAAACCACGCGCUCUACCUAUCCGGCCUGCACUUCACGGUGAACGGUCUGGACACUCACUACUUUGUCAAGCCUGGCCUGCUGGAGGGGGACCUGGGAGUGGUUGGCCACAACGGAGCGGGUCGCGUCCUGGAGAACGGCGUCAACGUGACCGUGUCCCAGAUGACGACGGCGGUGGAUGGGAGGACUAGGCGCUUCGCUGACAUCCAGAUGCAGCACGGGACUCUGUGCUUCAACAUCCGCUACGGGGCCACAGAGGAAGAGGAGAGGGAGCAUGUGCUGGAGGUGGCCCGGCAGAGGGCGGUGGAGCAGGCCUGGGUCAUCGAGCAGAGGAGGCUGGAGGAAGGAGAGGAGGGCUCCAGGCUCUGGACAGAAGGAGAGAGGCAGCAGCUGCUCACCACUGGACAGGUUCCCGGCUAUGACGGCUACUUCGUGCUCCCCGUGGAGCAGUACCUGGAGCUCUCUGACAGUGCCAACAACAUUCACUUCAUGAGGCAAAGUGAAAUAGGGAGGAGGUAACAGCGGCAUCGUGCUUCACUACUGCCGUGGGUUCCCCUUCACCAAAGACAGUCUGUUUUUAGACAUACAAUGAUUUGUUGUACCGUUUUUUCUAGAAUGAUGACGAUAAAUAUACAAAAAAAAGACAACUGC